UGUUCAGAUUUGCCAUGAAAAGUAACUGGGAUGACGUUAUUGACAUAUACCAGAGGGAUCCAAGUUUUCACAUGGAGAAGAUCACCAAGUCAGGGCAGACAGCAUUACACAUCGCUGUUUCUGAUGUCCAAGAACAAAAGGUUGCAAAGCUUGUGGAUAUUAUCAUUAAACACCCAACCAAAACGGAUGAAUCAACAAUAGCUGAUCAUCAUAAGACUGCAGCUUCAAAAAUAGACAAGGCUGAAGCAAGAUUUCCAGCAUUGGCAGUUGAAGAUGACAGAGGGAACACCCCUCUUCAUAUUGCAGCUUCGCUGGGGAGUGCAAAGAUGUGCGAAUGCAUAGCUUGGGCGAACAAGGACUCAUCAUUAGAGUUGAUUGGUGCUCGUAACCAUGACGGCUAUGAGUACUGCAGAAAAAACGACGGCGAUACUAUUCUUCACUCUGCCAUCUCUGGAGACUACUUCGAUUUGGCAUUUCAAAUUAUUCAUCUGUAUAAACGCUUGGCAAACUAUGUCAACGAACAAGGAUUGACCCCUCUUCAUAUCCUACUGUUGAUGCUUAACAAAACGACUAGUUUGGAGCUGCUCGCGGAUCCAGACAGAAUCGUAGCCUUCUAUUUCUUGUCCGAAGCGAGUCACGAUGCAAAGCUGCUCAUGACAACCGCGAAUCUGCGGAGGUACGGCUUCUUCAACGUAGACGCGACCUUAGAGCCUCCAUCGACAACCAUGCCUCCGAAGAUGCCAGGGUCGCCACGACGAAAGAAGUUUUCUUUCCCUCGAGCGAGGAUCGCUAGGAUGACCGAAGCUGCUCCUAGUGGCUCCCCAGUCGAAAGGGCAACAUCGGGGUCUGCACGUCCUACUGAGGCUCCCUAG